CCAUCGCCACACGCAGCCACUCCCGCAGCUACCAAGCGACCUGUAGUAACCCACUGACUUGUAAUCUUACACCAACUAUCGCAGCAACCGGCAGGCACAUCCAACAAGUUUCAGCGACGAACCGUUUACGAAAUGACGGGCAAGGGCCACACGCACGCGAUGUCGCAGGAGGAGAAGGACCACAUCGCACAGGAGAAGUUUGGCAAGCCCUUCGAGGAGCUGGACACGAAUGAGAAGAAGACCGUGGGCGCGCUGCAUCACUCCAAGCAGAUGAUGGGACCUGAGGGCGGCCAGCAGCAGGAGGGAGCCCCCACGCCGGCCCACCACACCCGCUCCCACAAGUAGUGUCAUCGACCCAUGGGCAAUGCCAGCUUCAGCCGCAACUGCCAGCCAGCAGAUGAGGUAUCGGCAGUAGCACCGCCGCCACCACGGCGCCCUGAGUUGUAGCCGGUAGACGUUGUUGUUGUUGGCUUGUUGUUGUUCAUGCGUUCACUUAUUGCGAGUGUCGGCCUAGGAACCACAUAGGCGCUCCACGCACUCAUGACUGCAUGUCCUCUCGCUCCACCACUACCGUAUGUGGUGGGUUUAGCCGGACGCUGUCCAAGGCAGCAGGCAGCUGAACGAGACGAAGACGCUGAGGCGCGAGUGUACGUUUUUGGAGCAAAACGGUGGAUUGGCGGUCAGCGGUGACGACUGUGAAUGAAGCGGCUUAUGUGUGGACUGUCGACUGUGUAAUGGCGGUGGUCUUAACUGUGUGUACAUGCUGGCUGUAAAGUUGCUGAACC